AUGCCCCAGCACGGCUUUCGCAAUGCAAUCAGACUCCUCAAAGCGAAGCAGCACAAAUGGAAGCGAUCCCUUUGCAAGAAGCUCGCUUGGCUCAAGACCAAGAGCAACUCGCACGACCUAGACACCAUCAUCCCCAUCAAACCCGAAGGAUAUCCCAUUCCCGCCAUCCGCGCUACAAGAAGAUUCCCAAUUGAUGACUUUUCCGAUUCCGAUUCCGAUUCCGAUUCCGAUUCCGAAGAAGAAGAAGAUCUCGUUGCUGAGUCGUCGUCGUCGCCGCUUGAUGACGGAUCAAGUAGUAGAGGAGUGUACGACGUACCUCCCUCAUGUCAGACUCAGAACUCGGCGUGUUCGACUUUGAGUUCGACUUCGACUUUGGCGUCGGCGUCCCAGACAGAGACAGAGACAGAGAUAGAGACAGAGACAUCACCAGAGAUAGAGACAGAUGAUAGCAACGUGCCCGAACGGCCCGAACCUGAGGUUUUGAACACCUUUAGCGGUCGGUUUAGCUCUUUUAGGAAGAGUACAUGCACGGCUUCGACACGGGACAGUUAUGUUACUGCUGCUAGUUAUCUGGACUCGGACUCGGCCGGAGAUAAACACGAAGAUGAACACAAAGACGAAGAUGAACACGAAGACGAAUCUGAUCCCGGACCCGGACUCGAUAGCGACGAAAGCAUUCGGUCAGAUACCUCCAACACGUCCUUUUUUGAAUCUGAGUCACGGGACUCGCGGUCGGAUACGAGUAUGACUUCGGUAUCGUCGAUAAGUUGUUAGUUGUGGAGUGGGCCAAGGUACUUUUAUUACGACUACCGGGACCCAGUUUUGAGGGUAGAUACAGUUUCGGCUCUUACGUGUAUAUGUACCUACACAGCGAUUUCGUCUUUGGUUUGUCUGGAGGUUGAAUCUCCUGUGUGUGUUGUCCAGUUCUAUUCCCUGGGUGACCUUGAGGGCGCUCUGUUUCUCGCUUGCCAACUGUUAUUCUUCUUCACUUUUUUUCGGUUUCGUGGGAUACGCAUCCCUACCUAUUUCUCUUCGAUUUUUCGCCAAUAAAUAGCAUCCACUUGGCUUUCGCUG